CUGCUAACAAGUGUUUUCAGGGGCUUUGUCGCAUCCACUAAUCACCUUGUUUGGGAAGUCACCUCAACCAGUAACAUUUUGUUCCAUUCAAAGGUUGGGGUCCAUCGAACAACUUCCCAUCAUAUAAUUCUAUAAAGUUCCCCCCUCUAAACUUUCUACCGCCGUUUCGACCAGGUCAGGUGAAAAGAACAAAUCACUAUAUCUUUCGAAUACUGAUCUAUCAACUUAAACAUCAAUGCGAAAAGAAGGAAGAUAAAAGGAUACCUCGGCGUGGCAGUAACCCACCCCUCUGUAACGGCGGCGCAACAUCGCGUGCCAAAAACCGUUACGGGCCGAAAUUCUAAUUGGGCACUUCUACUCCUUGUCAACACUUCGAUUUUCGACAGUUCGCUUUCAAGUGUCUUGAGACCUCGACGCUGAUACGGCAAAACUCGAACCCGACAUUGUCAAAUCGAACAUUUGGUUGGAUAAGACGAACAAAGUCUACCUCCCAUUAUUCAUUCUAAGGUCUCGAACUCGACAGAUUAGUACGAUAGCUUCAGCUUCUUCGUCACGACUUAGCCCGUUCGACGUGAAUCUUUACAGGACUAAAAUAUCUUAUCUAUAAGCAUUUAUUAAGAUAUCAAUAUAAUUACGAUCAAGAUGGAUCCCAACAAUCGCCUCUACUUAAACUUUGGGAAUAAUAACGAGCGGCUUGCACCAUCCGACCGACAAUAUCCUACCACGCCCUCAACUUUCCCCCAGCCAGUUUUCCCAGCGCCCUCCCAGCAGCAUCUAGCAGCUCAACAAGCUCAAGCUGCGCAGCAGUACGCUGGCGGUUACGCUCCUUCUAACAACUACUUUGCGCCUAACCAGUAUCAAGGUCCUUCUGACUACGUUGGCGGCCCAGCUGGUUAUCAGCCUAGGUCUAACACGCCGGGUACUAAUGAUCCCAACGUUGGCCUAGCCCAUCAGUUUUCCCAUCAGAAUCUUGGAGGAGCCGCACGAGCUAACGCUUACGCCGCGCGAGGCCCUUCGUCAGGCCAGCGACCUCGCACUGCCGGUUCAUCGGGUCAACAACCAGCCUACAACUACCAACAUCCCCCAAUGCCUACCGCCGCUGGCUCUCGCCAGCCCGACUUCCAACCCGCGCCCGAGCGUAACCCGGAGAAAUAUGGCCUCAAUGCGAACAACAAUCAGAAGAAGUGUUCUCAAUUGGCUGCUGAUUUCUUCAAGGAUAGCGUGAAGCGGGCUCGAGAGCGCAAUUUGAGGCAGAGCGAGAUGGAGCAGAAGUUACAGGACCCCAAUCAAUCUGCGCCAAGACGAGAGCAGAUCUGGCAGAAUGGCGGCAAGAAAGAAGCGCGUUAUCUCCGAUUUCUGCGCACUAAAGACAAGCCAGAGAAUUAUAACACGGUUAAGAUCAUCGGAAAGGGUGCUUUUGGUGAAGUCAAGUUAGUUCAGAAGAAGGCUGACGGUCAGGUUUAUGCGAUGAAGUCCCUCAUCAAGACCGAAAUGUUCAAGAAGGAUCAGUUGGCUCACGUUCGGGCCGAGAGAGAUAUCCUAGCCGAAUCUGACAGCCCCUGGGUCGUCAAGUUGUACACCACCUUCCAAGACGCCAACUUCUUGUACAUGCUUAUGGAGUUCUUACCGGGUGGCGAUCUUAUGACUAUGCUCAUCAAGUAUGAGAUCUUCUCCGAGGAUAUAACGCGAUUCUAUAUCGCAGAGAUCGUGUUGGCCAUCGAAGCAGUUCACAAGCUUGGAUUUAUCCAUCGUGACAUCAAGCCCGACAACAUUCUUCUUGACCGGGGUGGGCACGUGAAGCUUACCGACUUUGGUCUAUCUACGGGUUUCCACAAGCUCCACGACAACAAUUAUUACCAACAACUUUUGCAGGGCAAAUCAAGCCGUCCGAAGGAUCGGAACUCUGUUGCACUUGACCAGAUUAACCUGACGGUCAGCAACCGUUCUCAGAUCAACGACUGGAGAAAGUCCCGAAGACUGAUGGCGUACUCUACCGUCGGAACGCCCGAUUACAUUGCACCCGAGAUCUUUACGGGGCAUGGUUACACGUUCGAUUGCGAUUGGUGGUCGCUGGGCACCAUUAUGUUCGAGUGCCUUGUCGGCUGGCCGCCAUUCUGCGCGGAAGAUAGUCAUGACACUUAUAGGAAGAUUGUCAACUGGCGCCAGAGUCUUUACUUCCCCGACGAUAUCACCCUUGGGGCGGAAGCUGAACACCUGAUCCGAAGUCUUAUCUGCAAUACGGAAGUGCGACUCGGACGAGGUGGAGCGCAGGAGAUCAAGAGUCACGCAUUCUUCCGCGGUGUCGAAUUCGAUAGUCUUCGUCGUAUUCGCGCUCCGUUCGAACCGCGCUUACAGUCUGCCACUGACACUACAUACUUCCCUACUGACGAAAUCGACCAGACUGAUAACGCGACGAACCUGCGAAACCAGGCUAUCGCGACUGGAAAACAGGUUGAGGAAUCACCUGAGAUGAGUUUACCGUUUAUCGGCUACACGUUUAAGCGGUUUGACAAUAACUUCCGUUAAUCGCGCAUGCUUCACCUAGUCUUGAAUCCAAUUUUCAAUUGUGAUUCAGCAAGUCAAAGUCCAAAAAGUUGAAGCUGCACAAUACCGGAUUUAGCUAACGUUUGCGAUUCGUCUAACAUCUCCCCCAGACCACAUGACAUAACAUUUCUCCGAGACCUGGUAGUCUUGUACAGAGAACAUCGCACUUCAUCUUGAGAAUAGGCCUCCAUAGUCUGCUUGAUCGCAUAUCCUGCUGUAAAAAGCCACGAACCAAUUUUGCUUUUUGUAUUUUGCAAUGGUUUUCGCUAUGUUCUACGCGACGUACAAGAAACAGACAUAACGAUGCUUUACUGGCUAUGAAACUUAUGAUGACGGUGGCAUGGAUGCCGUAUCGUUCUGGAGGGGCGGUAACACUGGCGCGUGGCGCGAUAGAACAAUGCAAAUUAGUUAGACAACCUCAAAUCGUGAUCUAAAUAAAGUCCUGUGCUUUCA